ACAAUUUGCUUUUCUUUUUGUCUUGUUUUUAUUCUUUCCUUUUCCGUUCAAAUCAUGAGCUGAUUAUUCCUCUUUCAUUGUCCACAUAAGUGAUUUUAAGUCCUAAUAAAUUACCGAGACCAGCUGAGACUAUCCUAGCUCGAAAAGAGAAGAUUUAAUAGAACAAGCCCAGCGAGUUCUGAGAAAAAAACCAUAGCCGUAGACAGAAAAUAUCAACCAGAAAAUCUUUAUUUCUUUACUUUACCUUUAUUUUAUAAAAAUAAAUGACCCAUUUAUCUUUAUUUUAUAAAAAUAAAUUUUUUUUUCAUUUACUUAUAUUUACUUUUUAAAUAUAAAUGACGAAUUUAUCUUUAUUUUUUAAGUAUAAAUGAUUCAUUUACAUUUAUUUUCUAAAGUAAGACUAAAUUAACACCCCUAACUGUAACAUUUCAGUGCACAAGAAUAGCCAAAGAUGCUAAUGAACGAAGGUUCCCUAAUUCAUUCCAUUUCUGAAAAGACAAAUUCAGAUAUUAGAGAACACAAAUUAUUUUAUGUUAGUUUGAAUUUUACAAUGCUACUUUUUUUCUCAUUUAGGAUUAUGCCCUCAGACUUCAGUUUGGAAACAAUAGAUAACGAUAUGGAUCGAAUUGAUAUUAAACCAGAAGACAUUUCGGGAUAG